CGUCCCACACCAGACCACCACGGAAAAUGGCGACUGUGAAAUAGAUGGAAGACGAAAGUAAGAAAUGAUUCAAUGCAGCGUUUAAUUUGUGCCCUGUCUUCGUCCCCACCACUCGGAGGCCAUGGCAGCUGAAAUGUCAUGUCUAACAGGUGUUGAUGAAGACGACAAAGAUGCAGAUCCUGAGAUCAAUGCCCUCACGCUCCUGCAAGAGCCAGUUAGAAUGGCACAAGAUUCAGCCUGUUGCACAGAUUCUUUUGGGAAAACCUCUUUGAAACAAAACAGUGUUCUAGAUGUUCUGUCAAACACAGAUAUGUUGUCUCCGGUUGGCCUGGGAAAUGGACCUUCUUCUCAUCAGGCCACACAAGCCCAUGAACUCAACAUCUCCACAGACAAAGAGGAGGCAAAAAGCAUCACCCCACUAAAAACUGUGCAGGAAAUUGAUACUGCAGGAAUUUGGGGUUUUGAUGAAGAUUCACCUGAUAACUCAUUGGAUAAUUUUAGUAGCGCGAGUGACCUUCAUUGGGACCCUCACAAAGAGUUUAUGCAGUUUCUGUGGGAGAACCAUGGCGAUUCACCCGGUGAGGAGUCAAAAGAUGAAGUCCCAUCUCCCGACCACCAAAGGAGAAGGAAGCGGAAAAUGGACAUGGUUGUUAUGGUGGAUCCCUCAGAAAACCUUUACCCUGAUCUGAGCCACAAGCCAUCUGAGGAACUGUUGGAUGCUGAAGACCAAGUAGAUUCCAUUCCUGUCACGAAAGUCAGAAAGUCAAGAAAGUUCUCCAACUCACAGCCGUCACCAACAGGGAAGGUUUCUACAUAUCCCAAUGGAACUGCAAAGGCCAUCCAGGAAAUUCUUUACAAUGCACCUGCAAGAAAUUCACACGAGAACAGUAUAGGUCAUGGGCUUUCCCCAUUGAAGGGGAGGCUCACCGUGAAGUCUCUUUCAGAGGAAAAGCCAUCAUGUUAUCCCUGCUCAAAAUGUAAGCUCAUUUUCAAGAAAGAGUAUCAUUUGCAUUGCCAUAUGAAGUCUCACGUCGAUUCUCCAAAUAUCUCGCCAAAGCCUUUUAUAUGCCGAGAAUGUGGACAGUCUUUUAGGCAAAGUUUUACGCUUAUUGAGCACAUGUCCAUCCACAAAGAUAAAAUGGCAAGACUUUCUGAGGAGAUCAAAAGCGUGAAUGAUAAGAAGAAGGUGGACAAAAAGAAGCUAUUCUGCCCUCAGUGCACAUUUGUGACAAACUGCCCAAACACAUUUGUUCAACAUGCAAAAACGCACGAGAAGGACAAGAGAAAGUUUAGAUGUGACAAAUGUAGCUUCAGGACAAUGACUGAGAUGGAACUUAGGAGACAUAACAUUAUGCAGCAUACUGUUAUUACUGCUGGAAAGGACAUUCAGAAUGAUGACUCUGAAAUCUUCUCCUGUCACAUGUGUUCUUAUAAAGCUAUUGGCGAAACUGUUUUUAAGAAUCACCUUCUGCGCCGCCAUCAAAAAACGUUAGAAGAAAACGAAGCUGAACAGUGUAGUGAGAAAAGUGCACAACCAUCAAAGGAGUUCCACGUACCGCCCGCUAAAACUUCUGUUGAAGAUGCAGAGAUUACAUCUAAAAUCUCUAUUAAAAAUCAGAUCCCCUCCAAAAGAGCUUGUUCACCUGAUGACUCCAGUGACAUUUCAGAUUUAUUCAAAAAUAGCAAGAUAAAGAGAGGUCUCAAGUCUCAAUUAACUGAGUCAAAGCUGGACAAAUCCAUAAAUGUUCUCCUGUCCCGACAAAGGCAUGGGAAGAAAACUCCGGACCGAUGGAAGGGUGGCAAUAAUCUCCAAACAUUUGUUCAGGAUUCCAAAGAUAACAAUGAUUGCCCUGAUCCGUUACCAGGAGCUUUGACUAUCAAGGUCGAAGACUCCGCUUCGCCCCCAAAUGGCCAUAGGAUGACGUCCAAUGCCGAAAUAGACCAGUCCCCGGUCAGAAAGUCGCCAUCCAAAAGGAAGAUGUCCACCCCAUAUCGCAACACCUCUGACCAAGACUCAUGCUUCAUCUUACCAAAACAUCUGCCAAGUCCCAAGAGAAUGAACCAAGAAGACGAAGACAACGAGGAGGAGGAGGAAGAGGAGGAAGAAGAAGAAGUGGAGUCACACUGUAAAGAAAAAGACAUUUUCCAGUUUAGCGAUACAGAUGCAGACACUGACCUUUUUGACAAUGGUAUCAAGAAAGAAAAACAAAGCAUAAUAUAUACCUAUAGCAGAAGAAUGUCGAUGAGGGGUGCACUGCAGGCGUCUAAAAGGCUAUUUGAGAAAAUAAAGACUGAAGAGCAAGACCAAACCGACCCUGAAAUCAAAGAAGAAUGCAUCGAAACAGAAAUAUUCCAAGAGACCAUUGACUCCCACCAAACGCCGCUGAGCGACAACUUCGCUGAGGAGUUUGAUUUGGAGUUGGAAUCCGAUGGCAAGAACUGCCCAUACUGUCCGGCAGUUUUUGAAUCUGGCGUUGGAUUGUCCAAUCAUGUUCGAGGGCAUCUCCAUAGGGUCGGACUGAGCUACAACGCACGGCAUGUAGUUUCUCCAGAGCAGGUGGCCUCUCAAGAUAGAAGGCCACGAAUUCGCCGAAAGAUGUCAUCGUUCAGGAGAUUGAAAAAAGUUUUGCAGCUGGAGUCCGAACCUGAGACCGUAAAGAGCAUUCACUCAUGUCCCCUGUGUGGGGACUCAUUCGAUAACAGGACUGGACAGUCCAACCACAUACGAGGCCACCUCAAAAAGCUUGGUAAAAGCUUUGCAACAAAAAACAAAUCCCCAUUAUAUUUACUCCGGGAGUUAAUGCGCGACAAGAAGGAGUUCCAGCGGGCUCUCCAAAUUCUGGGAAAGAGGCGAAACCAUUUCCAAUAUGGUGCAUCACCAAAGGUGUCCAAUGUAGAUCGUUUUGCGUCGUUGCCCAUCGGAAUCCCCAAAAGCGAUCCUUUUCCAAGCGGUUGCUCUGACGCCACACCGCUGAUGUCCACAUUCUCUUCAGUGGAAAUGGAAUCUGAAAAAAAGCCGCUAGACACUAAGUUGGACGUUAAGAACCCCCUCUCGGAGACGACUGCCUUGAUAGGAAUUCUGAAGAAGAGGAAGUGUCAGGAAGACGGCAGAAUAAAGGGGUCUUCUCAGAUGUCAAGAAAUCUGUUGUCAGUUUCUUUAAACAGUGAGCACAGUUCAGGAUCAAGAGUUGGUUCUUCAAUGCCAAAGUCGGUCUGCGAGAAAGGUGAAUUCAACAGGAAGAUGUGCGUCCACUGUAAUGCAACUUUCCACAGUGGAGUUAGCUUGUCUAACCACCUCCGGGCAUAUACAAAACGAAAAAGGAAUGCCCUCAUUGAGGGAAGCACAUUCGACUGUAAAGCAAGGAGGCAACGCUCAAGGCCUGGCUCAAAGAAGAAGACGCUGCCCUUACCACAAACUCCAGAGGAAAUGUACAGGCUCACCUGCAGGUUCUGUGACCUCGUCUUCCAGGGUCCCUUGUCGGUCCAAGAGGACUGGAUCAAACACUUACAGAGACACAUUAUGAACACUAGCGUCCCUCGCACUGGGCUAAGCAUGGUAGAGGUCACCUUGCUGCCCGCGGACCCCCCGAGCCUCAAGACUGACCAAGACAGCCCUCUGACAGCCACACACGGUGCUUCAUGAAGCCAGUGGGGAUCUUUUUAGAGUUCACUGACCUGUAUGUUUAUGUACAUUAGAUGUUCCUUCACUUUUUUUUCCACUGAAAUACUGGCCAAAAGUACAAUAUUGCUCAGUGAUGGGAGUUAUUGAGCAUGUUGAAAAAACGUGUUAAUUAUUUUGGACUUUAGUAUUUCCGUUUCUACAUGGUCAAUUUUUUGGAAAUACAAUUCCAAAUGGACUGACUGAUUAUGUUUUAAUGCAGUGUGGAAUCCAUUUAUAAUGAAGACAACUUUUACCUCAGAUUUAUCAUGGUUUGAGUCAGUUUUGUCAACAUGUGUGUGCACCUCUUCUGUAUCAAUAUUCACAUUUAAUACAUAGAAUAACGUUUUUCUUUUGUAUUGCAACACAUUUGAAUUCAAGCCCACACCCUGUUUUAAUCCCAGAGUGGGUGAGAUAAAUUAUAAUGAAAAAGAAGGCACCUGAAAGCUCACAAUUGGAGAAAAGAACAAAAGAGAAAUGUCUGAAAACUUGUUAUACAUAGAAAGUGUUUUAUAGUAUUUCAAUAACUGAAUUGUUUCUAAUACAAAUACAAAAUUAAAACUGAUGGUUAAGAAAAAUACAUUCGGCACAGCCAGUGUUGACAAAGCCCUUCAUACAGGUCACCUAUAUUUAAUGUUUAAAAUAUACUGGUUUUCAAAUAAUUUUAUUUUCAAUGUACUAUAUCACAAAGAUACAAUGCUUAAAACAUGUGUUCUAAAUAAAAAAUAAAAAAACAA